UCUAGUUGACAUAAGCGGCUCCCACGUUGUCCACAUAAGCUAAACGGCAUUCCAAGGAUUCGUCCUUCUUUCUAGAAUUCUAGUUCUUGUAAAAUCUCGCUUACGAGGAAAAGAGAAAGAGUUGAUGCAGAGAAAGAGAGGACGAAAAUGGCGACCGAGUUGACUCGUUUCGAAGAUAAAGUACUAGAAACAGUAAAAUGGUGUCAAGAGAGAAAAGACCCAUUAUUAGUGUGGGGUAUGGAAGUGUCCAAGUGUGUUAAAGAAUCUGGUUUAUUACUUCCGAGUACCGAGUUAGGGCAAAUUUUAGUUUCGAAUCUUUGUUUUGCAAAUAAUAAUCCUUCUCUUUGGAAGUUUAUUGAUCAAGCGAUGUCUUCUGGGAUUCUUUCUUCUAUCCAAAUUCUGUCUCUUCUUACUGCCAGGGUGGUUCCAAAUCGACGGACUCAACCAGAGGCAUACAGACUUUAUCUUGAGCUUCUAAACCGAUGGACCUUUUUGCUUGCUCAAUUUGGGACAGAUCUUUGUAAACAGAAGAUAAUAAAUUCUGUUGACGAUGCUCUUCAGCUUUCACACACUUACGGGAUGCAGAUAUCGGAGCUUGGGCAUGCAUUCGUGUUGUUCUUUUUCAGCAUUAUCAUUGGUUUAGUCGAUUGCACAUUUGAUGAUUGGGGUUUGCAACCAAUGUCUAUAGACAAAACGAAUAGCAUAUUUGGAGUUGGAGAGCAUCAGGAUAUGGACGUAGACUCUAAGGGUACUCUUAAUGAUAAAAGAACUGAACAUCGUGAGCAGCUGCGCAAAGCAAAUGCUUUUACAGCUAUUGAGAUAUUGGCGAAAUUGACAGAAAACAAAAAGGCGACAACCCUACUCCGUCUUGUUCACUUGAACAUGCCCGAAAAGUUCAAUGGGCUUCUGCAAAGACUGCAAUUCGUGGAAACACAUAAGUUGGUAUCACCACACUUGAAGUCUGCAAAUCAGUUUUUGGUAAGAUUCUCUGCAAACAUACAGAAAGCCGUGGAUAUGCAAAGUCAGUUGAAUAAGCGCCAGCUUAUUGGAGCGCUGAUUGAUGUUGAAUCAUGUAGCUCUUCCUCAUGUUGCAAUUUUGGAGCACAUCGGGCUACUUGUUGGGUACCUUUUGACAUAUAUAUGGAAACUGCGAUGGAUGGGAAACAACUUCCGGUCACAUCCGCCAUUGAUAUACUUACAGAGCUAAUUAAAACACUCCAAGUAAUUAACAGAUCGUGCUGGCAAGAGACUUUUCAAGCACUCUGGGUCGCAGCCCUUCGUCUUGUUCAGCGAGAGCGUGAUCCUCUAGAAGGGCCAUUUCCGCAUCUUGAACCACGUCUAUGUGUUCUCUUAUCCAUUACUCCAUUGGCGAUUGCUCGAGUUUUGGAAGAUGCUGGGGAGAUGCCUUUAUCUUCUCUUCAGGGAGGCAGUGGGCCCGGGAAUACUGGCGCUGUUUUAAAUCAUGGGACUGAUGGGAAGGGUCUAGUUUCAACAAGACAGGGGCUAAUCUCUUCACUUCGAAAUCUUGGCCAGUUUUCUGGGCUUCUAUCUCCUCCUCCUUCCGUAGUGAUUUCUGCUAAUAAUGCUGCCGCAAAAGCAGCGAACUUUAUUUCUAAUUUCAAGAAUGGGAGUGACAGUUUUGGUGGCAGCAUCCAUGGUGAUACUGGUAAAUCAGGUGGGUCCAUGCUGCAUCUCAUAGUAGAAGCUUGUAUAGCGAGAAAGUUAAUUGACACAUCGGCAUACUUUUGGCCUGGUUAUGUAUCUGCAUCAUCAGUAACCUCACUAUCCGAUGCAUCACUAGGCCAAACAUCUCCUUGGUCCACCUUCAUGGAAGGAGCUCCAUUAGUUGGUCCCUUGAAAAAUGCUCUCAUUGCAACUCCCGCUUCAAGCUUAGCGGAGAUUGAAAAGCUAUAUCAUAUUGCUAUAAAUGGGUGCGAGGAGGAAGGAACAGCUGCUGCAAAGAUUCUUUGUGGUGCAUCUCUCAGUCGUGGGUGGAAUAUUCAGGAACAUGUGGUGAACUUUGUUCUGAAACUUCUCUCUCCUCCCGCGCCUCCUAAUUUUACCGGACCUGGGAAUCACUAUGUUGAAUUUAUGUCCAUGCUGCAUUCUGUCCUUUUUGGGAUUUGCUCGAUUGAUAGUGUCCAUAUUCUUUCUUUGCAUGGUGUGAUACCAGAAGUGGCAGCCUCCUUAAUGCCACUUUGCGAGGCUUUCGGAUCAAUUGUACCAACAUCAGGUCAAAAGUCAAGUUUAUGUGAUGAUAUCUCGGCAUCAACAGUAUUUUCUUGUGCUUUUCUCUUUCUUCUACGACUCUGGAAAUUCUAUAGGCCCCCGCACGAACACUGUAUAACGGCUCGAGGAGGAUACACUGGAUCCGAGCUCACUCUCGAGUACCUGUUGAUUUUGUAUAACAGACGCAUCACUUCACAAAAUUCUAGUGCCAUGGAUAAACCUAACCAAGUGUCAAACCCCUCUGAAGCGUCAACUAAAGCAGUAUAUAUCGACUCAUUUCCACAGUUACGAGCUUGGUAUUGUCAAAACAAAGCUUGUAUAGCUUCAACUCUUUCUGGCCUCAGCAGUGGAAAUCCGGUCCAUCAAGUUGCUAAUAAGAUAUUGAGUAUGAUUUAUUGGAAAAUCACUAAAGGGGGAGCUAUCUCUACUAACCCUUCAACACUUUCAGGAAGCAGUGUAAGUGGAUCUCCUGCAAGUACAGGGGAAGAUACGUACCAAAGACCUGCACUUCCUGGAUGGGAGGUUUUGGAAGCAAUUCCUUUUGUAAUGGAGGCAAUGGUAACUGCAUGCGCACAUGGAAGGCUCUCGUCACGGGAUUUAAUAACAGGUCUAAGAGAUCUCGUGGACUUUUUACCAGCAUCUCUUGCUGCUAUUGUCAGUUACUUUUCUGCUGAAAUUACUCGUGGUGUCUGGAAACCUGUGGCAAUGAAUGGAACAGAUUGGCCUAGUCCAGCUGCCAACCUUCUUGCAAUUGAGACCGAAGUGAGGGAAAUUAUUGCUGCAGCUGGUGUUACCGUCCCCAGUUUUUCUUUAGGAGCGGGAGCACCAGUUAUGCUUCCAUUGCCAGUGGCGGCCAUGGUCAGUUUAACAAUAACAUUUAAACUCGAGAAGAACUUGGAAUAUAUACACGGGGUUGCAGGUCCAGCCUUGGAAAAUUGUGCUUCAGGUUGUACGUGGAACAGCAUGAAUGUGAUUGGAGCUCUGUGGGCCCAAAAGGUCCGACGGUGGCAUGACUUUAUAGUGGUGUCGUGCUCUCGCUCUGCCUUCAAGCAAGACCAAGGAGCGGUUGCUCAACUUCUUAAAAGCUGCUUCACCUCCUUCCUUGGUUCCCCACAUGUUGCAGCUUCUCCAGCUGGUGUUCAUGGUCUUUUGGGUGCAAGUAUCACUGCCCCUGGGAAUCGUCCACAUAUGGCACCAGGUUUUCUCUAUCUCCGUGUGUGCAGAAUGGUGCAGAAUAACCAGUUCAUAAACACCGUGAUUUUAGGUUUAGUAGUAGAGACGGCCCGAGAAUCAGCUUCAAAAUGGGCAUGUACAAGUUCAUCUCGUUUGAAAUCUAGUCGGGCAUCGUUAGCAUCUGCUGCUGCUAGAGCAAAGGAGGUGGCCACGUUAGGUGCAAGUCUAUUAUGUGUUGCCGGCGGAGUAUCAUUGGUGCAGUUGCUGUACCAAGAAACAAUACCCACCUGGCUACUGUCAGCGAGAGAAGGUGAAAGUAAGGGUGUUGGCCCAAUGUCCUGUAUCUUGGAAGGAUAUUCAAUGGCGUAUAUGGUGAUCUUAUCAGGGUCUUUUAUCUGGGGGGUCACUGCCACAACCUCCCCAGGGUGGUUCUCAAGGUGGGCAAGUGUUGUCAGGGUGCACACAGAUUUUCUUGCAGGGGCUUUAGAGGGUAACAUUUCGCUCGGAUGUGAUCCUGCUACAUGGAAAGCCUAUGUUUCUUGCUUUGUCGGAUUGAUGGUGAAUUUUGCUCCAUCAUGGAUCAGGGAAUUGAAGCAAGAAACUUUGAGGAAAUUAGCCAAAGGACUGAGAGGAUGGCAUGAAUGUGAAUUGGCUCUUGCCUUGCUCGAAAGAGGUGGACCUGAAGCAAUGGGUCAUGUUGCCGAACUUGUCCUUUUUUCUGAUUGAAGUCAUGGGUUCAUGUACAGGUCAGGGUUUACCUGCUAGAGUUGUAAUAACAAUUGAUUCGAAGCCAAUAUAUACAUGUUCCAAAAUGCAAAUGCUGAAGGCUCUUCCUA